CAACCCUGGUCACGAAACGAAUGAGCGGGCCGUGGUGACAAAAGAAAAAUACAUCGCGUUUUCAUUUCCAAUGUGCUGCUGCGAAAAAGAUAAAGUUUAUAAUAUUUGCAAAAAUCCCCCCAUUUCUGGGAUUGAAUUGACGUGAGUAUUGCGAUUGCCUCUACGUCAGUAGUGGCUAGUACGAACGUGAGCAAGUGAAAUUUCUCAAGGUAAAGAUCGCGUACGUCGAGCACCAGCGUUAGUGGUGGAAAUGAGUGUGGACACCUACGAUGGCGCGGUUGGUUCCCAAACGUUGACCUUCCUGGACACCGAGGAAAACGACCUCAUCGGUGCGGACACCCAGGGGACUGAUUUCGACUUCCGGGACUUCACGAUUCCGUCGCAGAGCCAAACGCUUGCAUCGCAACUAGAUCAUUUGGGUGGCGCUGGAGGCUCGGGUAGUCAGCUCAACGGAUUUGGUCGCCGGCUAGGAUCGGAUGCAUCGAAAAUUGCCGGCAUUACUUCGGGCAUCAGUGAACUGCAGUUCGAAGAGGACGAAGAUGAUGCUGUCGUUGCGAGUCAGGAUCUGCCGACGCACGCCUGUCGCUACUGUGGCAUUCACGAGCCUAGCACGGUGGUGAUGUGCAACAUUUGCAAGAAGUGGUUCUGUAACGGGCGUGGAAGUACCUCCGGGUCGCACAUCGUCAACCAUUUGGUCCGUGCGAAGCAUCGCGAAGUGACACUGCAUGGCGAUGGGCCCCUCGGUGAAACAGUACUGGAGUGCUAUUCGUGUGGUGUUCGGAACGUUUUCGUUCUGGGCUUCAUCCCGGCUAAGGCGGACUCGGUUGUUGUGCUGCUGUGCAGACAACCGUGCGCAGCCCAAAACUCCAUCAAGGAUAUGAACUGGGACCAGGAGCAGUGGAAGCCGCUAAUAGCCGACCGGUGCUUUCUGUUUUGGUUAGUUAAGGUUCCGACCGAGCAGGAGCAAAUGCGUGCACGUCAGGUUUCUGCAGCGCAGAUCAACAAGUUGGAAGAAUUGUGGAAGGAAAAUGUUGAUGCAACAUUCCAGGACUUAGAGAAGCCGGGUAUCGACAAGGAACCAUCACCGGUUCAGUUCCGUUACGUGGAUGGCUACCAGUAUCAGAACAUUUUUGGUCCGUUGGUGAAACUGGAGGCGGAUUACGAUAAACGUCUGAAGGAAAGCCAGACCCAAGAGAGCAUUGAAAUUCGCUGGGACACUGGUUUGAACAAAAAAACUAUCGCCUAUUUUACCCUUGCCAAGAACGAUGGGGAUAUGAAGUUGAUGCAUGGAGAUGAACUUCGACUGCGCUACACCGGCGAAAUGCAUAAACCGUGGAGUUGUAUUGGACACGUCAUCAAGGUUCCGGAUAACUACGGUGAGGACGUGGGCCUGGAGUUGAAGCACAACCACCAGGCUCCGAUCGAGUGUACAUUGCACUUUGCGGUUGAUUUUAUCUGGAAAGGAACGUCUUUCGAUCGCAUGCAGAUGGCGCUUAGAAAGUUUGCCGUGGACGAUAAUAGCGUGUCAAAUUAUAUCUAUUCACGUUUGUUAGGCCAUGGGCGGCAGGACGGUUCAGACGACGUAACAUUCCGUAUCAAUAACUUGCCGAAACAUUUCAGUGCCCCAAACUUGCCGGAUUUGAAUCGUUCUCAAGUAUAUGCGGUAAAGCAUGCUCUACAACGUCCGCUAAGUUUGAUUCAAGGUCCUCCAGGCACGGGAAAAACGGUCACAUCCGCUACCAUUGUCUAUCAGCUUGUUCGCUUGAAUGGUGGUCCAAUACUUGUAUGUGCACCAAGUAAUACAGCAGUAGAUCAGCUGACGGAAAAGAUUCACCGUACCAAUUUGAAGGUGGUUCGUGUUUGUGCUAAAUCUCGUGAAGCUAUCGAUUCUCCUGUUAGUUUCCUUGCGCUGCACAAUCAGAUUCGCAACAUGGAACAAAACACUGACUUAAAGAAACUACAACAAUUGAAGGAUGAGACCGGUGAGUUGAGUUCUUCGGAUGAGAAACGAUACAGAAUGCUAAAGAAGCAAGCCGAACGCGAGCUGCUAGAAGCUGCUGAUGUUAUAUGUUGUACUUGUGUUGGUGCAGGAGAUCCACGUUUGCAGCGUAUAAAGUUCAGCUCUAUUCUGAUCGAUGAAUCGAUGCAGUCAACCGAACCGGAAUGUAUGGUCCCCGUAGUUCUCGGCGCGAAACAGCUCAUUCUGGUGGGGGAUCAUUGCCAGCUGGGACCGGUUGUAAUGUGUAAGAAAGCAGCUAAAGCAGGAUUAUCACAGAGUCUGUUCGAGCGUCUAGUGGUGCUUGGAAUACGUCCAUUCCGGCUGGAAGUUCAGUAUCGUAUGCACCCGGAAUUGUCCCAAUUUCCGUCGAAUUUCUUCUACGAGGGCAGUCUACAAAACGGUGUUUGUGCAGAAGAACGCAAGCUAAAAGUUGACUUUCCUUGGCCUUCCCCGGAUACUCCGAUGUUUUUCUUGGUGACACAAGGACAGGAAGAAAUCGCUGGCUCUGGAACGUCUUAUUUGAAUAGAACGGAAGCAUCGAAUGUGGAGAAAAUUACUACCAGAUUUUUGAAAGCCGGUGUUAAACCGGAGCAAAUCGGAAUCAUCACUCCUUACGAGGGUCAGCGCGCCUAUUUGGUUCAGUACAUGCAAUACCAAGGGUCACUGCAUUCCAAGCUGUACCAGGAAAUCGAAAUUGCUAGCGUCGACGCAUUUCAAGGCAGAGAGAAGGAUAUUAUCAUAAUGUCGUGUGUUCGCUCCAAUGAACAUCAAGGAAUCGGUUUCCUGAACGAUCCACGUAGAUUGAACGUGGCAUUGACGCGAGCCAAAUAUGGAAUCAUUAUUGUCGGAAACCCGAAGGUUCUUUCGAAACAGCAACUGUGGAAUCAUCUAUUGAACUUUUACAAAGACAAAAAAGUUUUGGUUGAAGGAUCCCUAAACAACCUCAAGGAGUCGAUGAUUCAGUUCACAAAACCGAAGAAGAUCGUUAACACAUUGAACCCUGGUUCACAUUUCAUGAACACUAUUAUGUACGAUGCCAAAGAGGCGGGUUAUUUUGAAAGAAACCACCACAACGUUAAUUUCGGUGGGAAUUCUUUUGGAAAUCCUGGUCCGAUCGGUAGCAUGAUGAAUGGUCCAAGAAAUCCCCCCCUGGACAUGUUCACCCGUACGCAUGAUCCAAUCAGCUAUAUUUCACCGGAACGUGCCCAAGCGGCGAUCAACAAUAUGCCAGUACCAGUCGGCAUGUUUAUGAAUAUGUCCAACGUUCCUCCUCGUUUCUUCCAGCAGCAGCAAGCUAUGCAGGCGGCCAAACAGGCUCGCCGUAUCAAACCCGGAACUGCUCCUAUCGGAACUAAACCCAAACAACGCCCAAUCGGGCCACCGUCUAGCCAGAACCAGAGCACACCCGGUCCCAUCGGGUCCGGUUCGCUUACUCAGGGUAUGUCCCAGAACAUGUCUCAACCGGGAUUCAGUCUGUCGCAGCAGCCCGAUUUCUCCCAGGACUACUUGGCCGAAUAUCGUUCCCAGGUAGACGGACUCCUUUCGCAAGAUUCCACCUUUGGCCAGGGUCAGUCUAUCGAGAAUGCUGCCGAUCGCCUGGUGUUUGAGCUACCACCGAAUCAGUUCUCACAACCGUAUUGAUAGAGAGGAUUACAGGAUGAACAGGAUGGCGUGCAGCCCGGGGGUAUAUCUUUGAAGCAGAUCAAAGCAGCAGCAGCAGAAACAGCAGUCAACAGUAAAAUCGCAUCUAACGCCAAAUUACCAAUUCGCAGUUUGAAACGAGAGCUCAAGUGGACGAUCAACAAAAACACGAACAGCUGAAACCCUCAUGCAAAUGGAACGGUGCAUUGGGAUUUUGGGAGGUAGGAAACCGUCCCUAGUGCGAAUCUACUGGUGCUUGUCCCCGCGCCGUCAUCGUCGUCGAAGUCGUCUUGUCGGAAAACGAGAAAAAAGGCGGUAUGGAAUUUGGAAUAAGAGCGACUCCAAUGCGACCAACACAAAAGCUGCCACUAGGAAUUCUUUUCCCUGGAAAUCAUAGCAGCAGCCGCGGCAGCAAGAAAUUGUGCGACCUCAUAUCACACGACUAUAGCUAACUAAUCUUUUCAUGAACAUCUCUAUCGCGAUGGGGGACAAAUCUCCCACACACACAACAAACCUUUGCUUUCACGUGGGUCUUUCUGUGACAGUAUCGCUGGAAAAAUUGAUGUCCGAAAUGACGUAACAGUAGCCGCGAGUUGUCCAAGAUCCCACACGACGAGGGAACAUAUUGUGGCUGAACUAAUAGCAGCAACGGGAGAGUGUUCCUGCUAUGCGAGUGGUUAGAAUUUUUUUUCUCUGAAAAAUUAUUUUCCUUUUACAACAACAAAAUAUUUGCUCAGUAUCUCUCCUUCGUUUUUCAUGCAAUUCAUUUUGUUCUUUCUAUUUCGGACACAACAAAUCUCGCGAGUAAUACAUGGCAUGGCAUCAGUACUGUACCAGGUUAGCGCGCAGAUAGAUCAAAACGAAAUAUUUUUUUUUUAUUUUUUAUAUGACUACUUACAAAUAGUUUGGUAAACGUUAUUUCUUUAUGCAAUACCCGAAAACAUUUGAAAUUAGGAAAGUAGACUAAAUUAUGUACGAGCGGAAAAGGGACGUAUUUUCAUCAAACUGAUGUGCUACAAAUAGAUCCGUUUUAUCCGAAAGUCUGUCUGUAAUGAUAAAAUGGUUGAAUUUCUGCAUAAGAACAUGGUAUUGGUGUACCAUUACUACGUGAAAUUCGGUGGCAUCAUUGAACAUGCAUUUUUGGCAGGCUAUCUUCUUAGGCAUCACACUUGCUUGGUUGAUAAAAUCAAAAACAGUAAACACCACCAGCUUAACAUAAUGUACUACCUUUUCCAAAAAAAAGAAUAAAAAUGUAAAAAUCCUCUGGGACA